AUGGGUCUACCAUUUGCUCCAUUAUACUCUUCAAUUGAAGACAUUGAAAAAUAUAUUAAUAAAUAUAAAUAUACAGGUAACGCAGUAUUGGACAAUUCUAAAAUCAGCGUUGAACAAUUUAAAAGUUUUAUUUCCAAAUAUUGCACUAUUAAUACUAUCUACGCAAUCAAUGUUUCAGAUAGUAAUACGGCUAUUGAAUUGUUAAACAAUGGUGUUUACCAAUUGGUUGAUUUUGAUGUUUCAACUUCCACUGACAUUCCAGCCAGUCGUUUGAUUAGUAGUAGUAAGGAUAUCAAAAUCAUCAAUCCUGGAGCUACAGAUUUAAGUGCCGAAUUGUUGAAAUAUUUGAAAACUGAUAGAGCAGAUGGUUUAUAUACCACAGUUGUUGUUGAUGAGUACGAAAGAUGUCUAGGUUUAGUUUAUUCUAGCAAGGAGUCGAUUGAAAAGGCUAUUUCUUUAGGUCAAGGUAUCUACUACUCCAGAUCUAGAAAUGAGGUGUGGUAUAAGGGUGCGACCAGCGGGCAUGUGCAAGAAUUGCUUAGGUUUGAUUUUGAUUGUGAUGGUGAUGCUUUGAAGUUUGUUGUUAAGCAAAGCGGAGAAUUCUGCCAUGUUCCAUCUCAAAAAAGUUGUUUUGGUUCUUUUGGAUACGGGUUUUAUGAGUUGGAGUCUGUUUUAAAGGAUAGGUUAGUAAACGCUGCUCCCAAUUCGUAUACUCGCAGAUUAUUCAAUGAUGAAGAAUUAUUGCACGCCAAAAUUAGGGAAGAAGCCCAAGAAUUAGUUGAUGCCAAAGAUAAAGAUGAAAUUUCAUGGGAAUGUGCCGAUUUAAUAUAUUUUGCCUUUGUUAAAUUGAUCAAAAACGGGGUUUCCUUAAAAGAUGUUGAAAAGAAUUUACAAUUGAAAAACUUGAAAACUAUUAAAAGAAAGGGAGAUGCUAAACCUGAAUUCUUAGUAUCUAGUGGCAGUGCUAGCGCCAGUAAUGGUAGCAAAUCCAAUACUAGUACUAGUACUAGUACCGUAGGUGGACCUAUUCACUUAAACGUUGUUAAAUGUAGUGAUAAAGAAGCAGUAGAAAAGGCUUUUGUCAGACCGAUUCAAGACACAGAGAGUAUUAUGUCAUUAGUAAAGCCAAUUGUAGAAAACGUAAAGACCAAUGGUGAUAAAGCUAUCUUGGAAUACACCAGCAAGUUUGAUAAAGUUGAACUAACAACGCCGAUAUUGGAAGCACCAUUCCCAGAAGAAUAUUCUAAUUCACUAAGCGACGAAAUCAAAGGCGCCUUAGAUUUAAGCAUUGCUAAUGUUGAAAAGUUCCACAAGGCGCAAUUGCAGUUGGAAGUUAUGAAUGUUGAAACGCAACCUGGUGUUAUUUGUUCUAGGUUCCCCAGACCUAUUGAAAAGGUUGGUUGUUAUAUUCCUGGUGGUACAGCAAUUUUGCCCUCAACUGCGCUAAUGUUGGGUGUCCCGGCUAAAGUGGCCAAUUGUAAAGAAAUUGUCUUUGCUUCCCCACCUGGCAAGAAUGGGAAACUUAGUGCUGAAGUUGUUUAUGUUGCCUCUAAAGUUGGAUGUUCAAAGAUUGUCAUGGCUGGUGGUGCGCAAGCUGUUGCUGCCAUGGCCUAUGGUACUGAAAGUGUUCCUAAAGUUGACAAAAUCUUGGGUCCUGGUAAUCAAUUUGUUACAGCUGCUAAAAUGUUAGUUAACAAUGACACUAGUGCUCUAUGUUCUAUUGAUAUGCCAGCUGGUCCAAGUGAAGUGUUGGUAAUUGCUGAUAACACUUCAGAUGUUGAUUUUGUUGCCAGUGAUUUAUUGUCACAAGCAGAGCACGGGGUUGAUUCACAAGUUAUUUUAGUUGGUGUUAAUUUAAGUGAUGAUUACGUUACUAGAUUGCAAAAGGCUGUUGACCAACAAGCCAACAACUUGCCACGUGUGGAAAUUGUAAGAAAGUGUAUUGAGCAUAGUACUAUUGUGUUAUGUAAUGAUUAUGAAAGCGCAUUUGAAAUGUCUAAUAAGUAUGCACCAGAACAUUUAAUUUUACAGAUUGAAAAUGCAGAAGAUUAUGUUAAAUUGGUGGAUAAUGCCGGGUCUGUUUUUGUUGGGGCCUAUACCCCUGAAAGUUGUGGUGAUUAUAGCAGUGGUACUAACCAUACUUUACCAACUUAUGGUUAUGCCAGACAAUAUAGUGGUGUUAACACGUCUACCUUUCAGAAGUUUAUUACUGCACAAUAUGUUACACCAAAGGGUUUGGACAAUAUUGGUAAAGCAGUUAUGUGUGUUGCUAAAGUAGAAGGCUUAGAUGGACAUAGAAACGCUGUUAAAAUUAGAAUGAGUAAAUUGGGUUUACUACCAAAACAUUUUGUAUAA